UUGUAGUCACUGGCUAUUACUUGUCAAAGAAAAGAUGGGAGCCAUUUGCAUCUUCUGUGGAUCAAACAACAAUUCUGUUCGUUUAAAAAAUAUUUAUUAUUAUUUAACAUGAAGGACGACGAUGAUGCUCUUCUUAACAAAGACAAAAAUCAGGACCAGAUUCGAGCGGAAUUGUCUCAGAUGAGCUUCGAAGAUUUACAGAAACUCAAAGAAAAGCUGGGAACUAAAAUUUAUAAGGAAGCACUAUUUGGCCCAGGAAAGGUCAGAAAAAUCGAAUUCAAACGAGAAAAUAAAAACAGACCUCGGGAAAUGUCCGCGAAAAAACCUGUCUCUCGAUUCAGAGAAGCGGUACACGUAAAAAAGAGCAUCCCUAGGGACCCUAGGUUCGAUAGCUUGUGCGGUACAUUCGAUCAAAAAGUAUUUAAAAAGACUUACGGAUUCCUUGGCGAAAUGAAGAAGAACGAUUUAGCAGCAUUGAAGAAACAGUUGAAAGAAACUGAGGAUCCAAAGAUAAUAAAGAAAGUCAAAUACCUUAUACAGAGAUUAGAAAAUCAGUUACGCGAGGAGAAGAGAAAGGAACAAGACGAAGAGCAGAAGAGCAAAGAAAAAAAGGAGAUAGUAGAAGCGAUUAAACGCGGAGAAAAGCCUGCUUUCAAAAAGAAAUCUGAGAAGAAGGUUUUGAAUUUAGUUUCCCAAUACGAAGAACUUAAAAAUUCUGGCAAACUUAAGAAGCACAUUCAAAGGUUACGCAAGAAGAAUAUGCGCAAGGACCGACAAAGACUGGCGUCUAAUUCAGAAAUAGAAUGAAACAAUGAAUAAUAAAUAAAUAAAAAUUUCUACAAGUUGGACAUUGUAAAAAUAAUGAUUGUAUAUAAGAAAAA